AAUCUCCCGACAUAACUAAAACAGGCGGCAGCAAACACUCACCCCGCAACCACAAAGCCGAAACCGGUGAGGAAAUCGACCAGCAACAUGCCGCCGCUCAGCAAAACCGAGGAGCAGGCAAUCGCCGACAGAAUCGUCGAGGAGCUCUCGCAGACUCCCUAUGCUCUCUCAUCGAUUACCCAGCUGCACGGCGGUACGGCCAACUUCGUCUUCCGCGGCACCCUCGCCAAGCCUCUCCCCGCCGAGGACGAAUCCACAGCGACAACGGUGAUCAUCAAGCACUCGACUGAAUUUGUGGCCAUCAACCGGGACUUCCCACUAGAUGUCACGCGCUGCACAUUCGAAGAGUCCAUGCUUGCCGCCGUCGCGUCCUUCAAGUUCCCUCCGGCCGCAGACGGCACCAAGAUCAAGACCCCGCGCCUCUACCUCUUCAGCCACGAAAGCAACACGCAGGUCCUCGAAGACCUCCCCGGUACCGACGAUCUCAAGUCCGCCUUCUUCCUGCCCAACGCCGCCGACCUCCUUCCGGGAUCCAGCCCGUUGACCAUUGGGCAUCAUCUGGGCUCGUGGUUGCGGUCGUACCACACUUGGGCGUCUGCGCCCGAGCAGGUGCCCACGCUCGCUGCGGUCGGCGAGAAUCGCCCCAUGCGAGAUCUGAAGCGCAUGAUCACCUACGAUACGAUUAUUCCCGUGUUGGAAAAUUAUCCGGAGCUUCUGGUCGGAUGUAGAGAGACCUUGGAGACGCUGGUGGCUGCCUUGGGCAAGGAGUUCGACAAGCCCCCCUUCGCAGAGGCGGACGAGCAUUGGGGCAUGAUCCAUGGAGAUUUCUGGUCGGGAAAUGUCCUCAUUCCGACCACGCCGUGGAAAGCGCCCGGCCAGGGUGACAACAAGCUCUUCGUCAUCGAUUGGGAGUUUGCCCAGUAUGGCCACCGAGCCUACGACUUUGGCCAGAUGAUUGGCGAUCUUUGGGAACGCAAGAUUUUCAACGACCUUGACAUCGUCAUGCCCGUCGUGCAGGGCGUCAUUGAGGGCUACGGUGAGGUGAGCGAGGAACUGGCAUUCCGGGCUGCCAUCCAUACGGGUGUUCAGCUGAUCAGCUGGUACAGACGGCGGCCCCGGUCGGGUGCCUUGAUGGCACCCCCCGAGGUCAUCAUUGCUGGGUUGACGAUUGGAAGGGACAUCAUUCUCAAGGCGUGGGAGAAGGAUCGGGAUUUCUUUGAGACUGGCGUUCUUGCUUCUCUGUUUGCGAAGAAGGGAUAGGCACAGAUGCGGUCGAAGAAGAAGGUCUACAGAUCUGUAGGCCCGGCUCACAAUGAUGUCUUAGAAAAUCAUUAAUGACACAGAGACCGGUAAAUCACCGACAUUUACCUCCG